AAUGGGACAUCACUUUCUUUCUUUCUUUCUUUCCUAUGUGUGCUUGCCAUAUAUUUAUUAAUUUGUCCUUCUCUCGAUCGCUCCCGUUUCAUAUAUAUAUAAUUAAAGCUUUUCGUCUGUCUGAUCAAGAGCGCGUAGUACUACUAGGCUAGCAGCCAUGAGCUCUUCGGUCCUUGGGGCGAGUGCAGGCGGUGGCGGCGGCGGCUCAUCUACCGGCGGGCCGACUCGGGGCGUUGCAGGAGCAGGCGGUGGCGGGCCGUGUGGUGCGUGCAAGUUCCUGCGGCGCAAGUGCGUGACCGGGUGCGUCUUCGCCCCCUACUUCGACUCGGAGCAGGGCGCGGCACACUUCGCGGCGGUGCACAAGGUGUUCGGCGCCAGCAACGUAUCCAAGCUGCUGCUCCAGGUCCCGCCUCACAAGCGCCUAGACGCCGUGGUCACCGUGUGCUAUGAGGCUCAGGCGCGCAUCCGCGACCCCGUCUACGGCUGCGUCUCCCAUGUCUUCGCCCUACAGCAACAGGUGGUGAACCUCCAGACCGAACUCACGUACCUGCAAGGCCACCUGAGCACAAUGGAGCCCCCAACGCCGCCACCUUUAGCUGCACAGAACCAGAUGCCAAUGACGACUGCCGCCUUCUGUGUUUCGAACCUGCCGUGGCCGUCCAACGAUAUCCCGCCCACCGUUGACGUGUCAACGUUGUUGGAGGAGCCACAGACGCAGCAGUCCAACUGGGUCUCCCAGCAGCAACAGCACUAUGUCAUGGUGGGAGAGGGCUCUGGCGCUGGCGUCAGUGGAAGCGGCGCCGGCGCUAGAGGAGGUGGAGACCUGCAAUUGCUGGACCGCCAUGGCACAGCACCAGUUUGGUCUCAGCCUGAGCCGCCGCCAUGCACACAAUGAGCACCAACCUAUACAUAGCUUGGUUGACUGAUUGAUCUGGAAAGACAGGAUACAGAAUGAGAGACUGACUGAGGAAGAUGAUGAAGCAUGGUAGAUAACAGGCAUCCAUCGGUUUUCGAGUACCAGGCCGGGAGUGCAAGGGUGCCCAUAGAUUUGCGCAUUUCUAUAUAGAUUUCUGGGAAUAUUAUGCUCCAAAGGGUGCCCACAGAUUUGCAACCUAAUGUUAGCUUCUGUCAGUGCUCCACUGCAAAAACAAGUUUAUUCUUAUGAUCUAAAUUGUUGUCAUA